UUUGCAUAUAUUCUAAAUAUAUAAAUAGUUCAAAGCAAAGUCAUUGAUUUUAUCUGCAACCAACAAACCCACGAGCUUUUCAAGAGUCCAUCAAAUACCUAUCUACUUCUCUUUGAAAAAUGGUGAAGAGUUAUUUCAAGCAAGAGAAUGAUCUAGAGAAGAGAAGGGCGGAGGCUGCUAGGAUCAGGGAGAAGUACCCAGAUAGAAUUCCGGUGAUCGUGGAAAAAGCAGAAAGAAGCGAUAUACCUAACAUAGAUAAGAAAAAGUACCUUGUCCCAGCUGAUCUUACUGUGGGGCAGUUUGUAUAUGUUAUCCGCAAGAGGAUUAAAUUAAGUGCGGAAAAAGCAAUAUUUAUAUUUGUAGACAAUGUUCUCCCACCAACAGGUGCCAUUAUGUCUGCUAUUUACGAAGAGAAGAAGGACGAAGAUGGAUUUCUCUAUGUUACGUACAGUGGCGAGAACACAUUUGGAUCUGAGAUCCCACUAUAGGCGCAAUGUGAGGUCUUACUUACUGUUUCUUUUACGUUCUCCCAAAAUUUGAUUCUGCAAUGGUGUCGUUCCUGGAGCCCGUUCGUUUCUUUAUUCUGCCUAAAUUAAAAGGAUCCCGACAGUGAUAAUUAUGUAGAGUUGCAUUCGCAUAUUGUAUAUAUAAUAUGACCAAAGAACUUCCAGUGCUAAAGCUAUAAGUUCCUUCAUCCGAUUUAAGAAUUAUAUUUUGGAGCUUAA